AUGGCCAACGCGGCGUCAGUAGACGCCAUGACGCCAUUCCCGCUGUCCUCCGCACCUGCCGUUUUCGCUUACGAUGCCCGCGCGGCUGCGACUGCUCCCACUUCCGCCUUCAACUCCCCCGUCGACCUGCCUCAGCCGCAGCGGCAGCAGCAGCCCCCGCCACAGCAGCCAGCCUUGGGGCAUCAACCGCAUGUCGCCACGCUCAUUGCGGCUUCCCCCACAACCAAUCCCGCUUCCGCCGCCUCCCCCGUUUCGAACAUCUCCGCCGACCCGCCGCAGCACCCGCAUCAGUCGCAGAAUCCGCAUCAGCCGCAGCCGCAGCAACCUCUUUCGCGCCUCCAGGCGCACGCCAUGCUCAUCGCCGCCGCCACAGGCCGCGUCGCGCUGCCCAAUCUUUCCGCCGCUCGUCCCCCCGCGACUCACAGCGAGAAUGUUAGCGACGAUAAUCGCGUCGAAAACGGCUACCUGACGAUUAGCAACGGCAAGACUGAUAUACGCGAUACUCCGUCGCAUGCACUCCCUCUGCCCGCGUCCGCCGCCCCAUCCGCUUCCCAUUUACCCGCGGCUCUGGCGGCGCUUCUGGGCAUGACACGUGGCACGGAUCCGCUACAGUUCAUGGGAAUCGAACGGCGGCGGAACGACCUGCUGCGAGCUGCGGCAUCGGCGCGCAGCGCCUGCGGCGUCCCGUCGGUCAACUGCCCGUCGCAAAGCAAUAUCGUCUCGCAGAUCUCCUCCCAUCCGUCCGAUUCGCUCUCAUCUCAUCCGUUCGAGUCGCUCCCCGCUGCGCCGUCAUCCGCGGCGCUUCCGUGUCUGCCGCGGCCCGCUUUCGGAGGGUCGCAGCGCCCCGUCUCUCCGCCAUUCUCCGCGGCCGCUUCCGCUCCCGCCGGCUCCGGGGAAGGCAGAACAGCAACAGCAACAGCAACAGCGGCACCCACAACGGAGAAAGGGGAAGGGGAGGGGGGAGGGGAAGCAGCGGGAAGUCACGAGGGGAAACGGGGAGCGGGAGCGGCGUGGGUUGCGCAGACUCCGCGCGAGGAGGAUAUCAACGAGUGGCUGGCUAAGGUGCUGGGGCCGGGGGGCUUGCAGGCACGCGGGGGGGGGAUGCAGCGGCGGGAGCAAGCAGACAUGGGGACGGUGCGCGGGCAGGAGGCGCAGCAGAACGCCUCGGCGGCUGGAAGCGCCGGACGGUUGGGCCAGGGGGAAGGGCGCGCAAGGGAGGGGGUCCGGGUCCGGGUGGAGCAAGGUGGGGAAGGUGGCGGAGGUGGAAGCGGGUGGGGUGGAGGGUUGCUUUCAGGGAGCGUUCAGCUUUUGGCUGCGAGUCAGGGGUUACAUGCGAGUUUGGGGUUGAAUUCGGGACAGGAUACAGCAUUCGACGAGGCUGCUACUUUGGCUGCUGCGGUUCGUUCCAGCCACGCAGCAAACGGUUCCAGGAGAAUGCCGAUUGGUCAAGGAGGCUUGACGUUUGGAUCGUUGGGUGCGGCAGAGGUCGGGUUGGGUGCAGCAGGGUUAGGUGCGGUUGGGAACAAUGUGAUGAUGGGAGGACGGGAUGCGAUGGCAGCAGCAGCAGCAGCAGCAGCAGCAGCGGUGCAGGGGGUGUAUCAGCAGGCGCUGUUGGAUCGAUUCAGGCAGGGGCAGCAGGCGAGUAGCUUGCGCUCUGCCAUGGCCACUCUUGCUGCCGCUGCUGGUGGUGCUGGUGGGGCUGCUGCUGCUGCUGCUGCUGCUGCUGCUGCUGCUGCUGCUGCUGCUGCUGCUGCUGCUGCUGCUGCUGCUACUCUUCCCGCUUGUGUUGUCAGUGGCGGUGGCAGUGGCAGUGCAAGCUCCAGUGCCGCUGCUCAUGCUUGUGCUGGCAACGGUGCUGUCAAUGCUGCUGCCAGCAGUGCUGCCAGUGCACACGUUCUACAACAGCACGAUGGCAUGCAGUUAAAGCGGCAAUUAUCAGCAGCAGGAGCAGCCUUUGCUCUUCAUGCUUCCGCACUGCCUCUCCCUGAACGUGCUGCUGCUGAUGCGUCUGGGUGUGAGAGCGCUCCUCUGAGGGAUGGUGUGUCCGGGUGUCCCGGUGUGUCACUAGAGGACCUCACGACCGAGGUCGAAGAGCUCAAACGCGACGCCGCCAGCAAGAAUUUCUCGCCUUCCUCCGACGCAGCCUCCGCCUACUCAACCUCCGCGGCCCCCGCCUCUGUGCUGACCUUCUGCAACAUCUGCUACUCCGUCUCCGUCAAGCAGCGCAAGGGGGAGACUUCCGCGGCUGCCGGCCCGCAGUUCGCGCGGCAAGACAGCACGCUCGCGAAUUUCGCUGGAUUGCCGCCUCAGCCGGGCAUUCAAGAGCCGCCGGUUUCUGCGGCCGCGGCGCAAGCGGAUGGCGGUGCAACUGGAGGCGGCGGGAUCGCCGACAAAUUCCGGCGAAAGCGCGUUCGGCGGCAGAUUCUGACCGGCGUGAACGGCGAGGCGCGGUCGGGGGAGGUAACGGCGAUCAUGGGCGCAAGCGGAGGCGGAAAGACGACGCUGCUGAACAUCCUGGCGCAGCGGAUCUCGUCUGGGCGGCGGAGGGGGACGGUGGAGCUGGACGGUGCGGAGGUGAGCGCGGGGAUGAUGCGGCGCGUCUCCGCGUACGUGAUGCAGGACGACGUGCUGUUUCCGUCGCUCACGGUGCGCGAGACUCUCAUGUACGCCGCAGAGCUGCGCCUGGAGCCGCGAUUCACGCGACGCGAGAAGGAGGAGAAGGUCGCGCGGCUCAUCGACAUGCUCGGGCUCGCGAAAGUGGAGAACUCGCCUAUUGGGGGGGAGACAAAAAGAGGCGUUUCUGGCGGUGAGCGAAAGCGAGUGGCGAUCGGGGUGGAGAUGGUGAGCGACCCGAAGAUUCUGUUUCUCGACGAGCCAACUUCGGGGCUCGAUUCGACCAGUGCUUACCGCGUCGUACGCGCUAUGAAGUCCGUCGCGAUUCAAACUUCGAGCAUCUGCAUGAUGGUCAUCCACCAGCCAUCGUAUCGCGUACUGUGCGUCAUCGACAAACUACUCCUCCUAGGCGUCGGCCAGACGGCCUAUCUAGGCCCACCUUCCGGCCUCCCGCAUUUCCUCGCCUCGCUGGGAAGCCCGGUCCCUGAGGGCUCGAACAGCACAGAGCAUGGCUUGGAUGUCAUGGCCGUGUUGCAAGCCCAGGGUGUUACCGACAUCCAGGCCUACGCCCAAGCCUGCCGGGAAGGCGUGGCCGACCCAGUGGCGGCGGCUCGGAAACCGUUGGAGGUUCCACGUGAUACGGUUGAUCCAAAGUCUUCCAAGGGAAUGUCUGCCUGGGGUGGACGGGUGGGGAAUGAGGAAGAGCCGAAGGGCAGGGAAUUUGCAAACGGAUGGUUUCGGGAGCUGUGGGUGCUGACGAGGAGGGCCACAACGAACAUCAUGCGCACUCCUGCACUGUACCUGCUGAGGCUCGCGCUCAUCCUUAUCGCGGGUCUGCUUCUAGCGAUCCUGUUCUGGAGGCCAGCCGAAACGCCCGAGGGACUUAUCAUUCGGCUGUCCUUCCUGUCAUGCGCUUGCUGCAUUGUCUUCUUCACCUCCUGCGAUGCCGUCCCGAUAUUUAUAGAGGAAUCUGCAAUUUUCGUGAGGGAGUCGGCCAAUAACGCGUACAGGCCAUCAACUUACCUCGUGUCAUCAACCCUAGUCUACCUGCCACUGCACUUCCUCAUGGCCUUGCUUCUCACCGCCGUCUCCUGGUGGAGCAUCAGCCUUGCGGGCGGCGCCGAGGGGUUCUUGUUCAUGGUGGUGGCGUUUUUUGUCAUGUUCUUCGCAGCCAAUGCCAUCGCGACAUGUGUCAGCAUAUGUGUCAAAGAUGUCGUCCUGGCAUAUGCAACCGCCAUUGCAAUAAUGUCCUACUUCUACCUCGUUAGUGGCUAUUACGUUACAAGGAAGCAAAUGUCCAUGGCGCUUAUAUGGCUACACUACAUCUCACCCUUCAAAUACGCUUACGAAGCUCUCGCUAUCAAUCAAUUUGACAG